GACAUCAUCUCCCCGAACUUCAUUCGAUUGUUUUGCGCCAUGUAAAUCUGCGAUCAUAUACAACUAAAGAGAAAGGGGAGAAAGAGAAGACAGAACUGGAUCUGGAGUUUCGUUAUCAUUCAAGUUUGAGGAAAUCAUUUGCUUUUUUAUUUGCUUCUAUCACAGUAGUUACUCUCUCUCUCUCUCUCUCUCUCUUUCUUACAACAGUUAAAGAUCAUCGUAUCACAAGCAAAAAAAUUCCCAGAACAUUCAUCAAUUCAACGAGUACAAACCCUUUGGAACCUCGACAAAUCUGGUUCUUUUCCAGCAGUACACAUAUGCCAAGUCUUAAUUGUCUAUUUUCAUCACUUACAAUCACUUUUCAGCCAUUUUCAUAUAGCCGUCGGCGUUUGGUAUCGAAAUGGAACACGAUCACAUGUUAAGGGAAUGCCCCCCAUCCUACGCAUCUCACGACCCUCGAACCAUAAGUUUGCCUUCUGUACCCACAGCAGACCCCCCACCGAUUCAUCAUGAACGAAUCCUCCCCCCUCUACCUUCUAUGUCUACGGAAACAAAAUAUCGACAAGAACCAGUCGCAGAAGCACCAUUGACAUGGCCAUCUUCAAAUCCUUUAACCGCAUAUUAUCAGCCGGGCCCCUCACAGCUAUCUCCCAAAACAACAACUAGAAGAAGUACAGAUUCGCCGAACGGUAUGGACUUAGAUUUAUCAGACAAUAGAGCAAGGAGGGGUGGAAGUGUACUAUCUAUAGACGAUCCUGAUGUGCGACUUGCUGCUGAAGCAUUGGGAGAUCUUCGCGCCGAUUUUAUACAGUCUUCCCCGCGUCAACGCAAUGUACCCUCUUCAAACUCACCCCGAUUUCGACAAGGUGGUUCUACACAACCCGAACCCCUUCUCUCACUCCUUACCACGUCCCACCCCCUCAUAGGAAACGCGAUAGGCGGUUCACUAUCCGCAUACUCGGCUUCCAAAAAUUAUAGUCCUCGUUUCAAGUCUAGUGCAGAAUACGUGGAGAGAAGGAUUACUCCGGUUGUCAAUACAAUUAAUUCUGUCAACCGUAUUACAGGAGUUGAAGGGGGUGUGCGUUGGUUCCUUGGUGGUCGUAGACCGAGUCAUCAUGGACCAUCCGACACCGAAUCUGAUUCCCCUUCUCAUAAGCGACGGAAAGUCAAUACUUCCUCUCCGGCCGACCUCGAAGGCCAGCCCAUGCAGUUUGAAAUAAAAUUUGAUCAACAGCGCCGCCGUCGUCCUAGUCAGGUUUCUACAACGGACAGCCUUCCUGCAUAUGACGAUCAACGCAGUCCUAGCUAUGAAGCUUCACAGCAAGCGUUAGUACCAUCGAACCGAGGAUCUGAUGAAUCUGCAUCUUCUGGGAGCUCAUGGCAGUCCCGUCUCGUCCUUUCGACCUCGGGACUCAGUGUCGCAAUGUCGGAAGAGUCGCUCCGAAGCUUAAAAUACUGUCUCAGUUGGAUUCGUUGGGCAAAUGAGCACAUUGGGAAACUCAUUGUGGCAUUGAAAUCAGUCUUAGAACAAUACGACAAUUCUGGCACCAUUGCUGACACCCCCUAUUCCGAAAAGGGAGCUGACAAUAAUCAACGUCAAGUAGUGCUUCACACAGAUGAUCAGCGCUCAGCCUUAACUGCAAAGAUUGCACAAUUGAACAAGGAUGUCUUGAAGACUUUAAAAGAGGUGGUAGAUAUUGUAUCUAAAUAUGCUGGCGGUGCUCUCCCCGAAAAUGCAAGAGUUCUUGUACGUAAGCACUUGACAUCUUUGCCUCGACGAUUUCAAAUCGCAAACUCUGUUUCAAAUGGCGAAAGCAGAGGUCAUCGGGAUGGAGAUAGUGAUGCCAAAGAGGGCGCACAAAGAGUGAUGGUAUUGGCCAAAGAAGGUUUGGACAUGAUGACUCAAGUAUCAGGAGUUUUGGACGGAACAAUAGUUAGUGCAGAAGAAUGGUGCGAAAAAUUAGGGAGAAAGAAAAGGGAAGAAAGGGAGACAAAUACCCCACAGGAUGAAAAAAUGAUGAAUGGUGGGAGAAAUGGACGGGACAAUGUCUUGCCAGUUGUUGGCGGUGAUGUCAAGAUGGGGUAUACAGGGUUCGGUGAGGAGAGACCUACCCUUGUUUGAGUUUGGGGAUUUGGAAUUAUCACUCUUUUGGACUGGACAUUCUUUGAGUAUGCGCACAUAUAAGUGAUGGAGUAUCAGGGGUACGGAAUUGGAAAGAUUUAAAGCUUGGAGUAUUGGAAUCUGAUGGUACAAAAGGCGUCAGGUUGUGGAAGAGGAGAACUGGGAAAUGAAAGAGCUUUAUAUCUCUGCGUCUAUGGUUCACAGAAGGAAUUGAUACUCGUGACGAAUAUUUGUACUACAGAAAGAUUUGUGGAACUUUGUUGUUUGCACUCGGAAUGAAUGAUAUUUAUUGAUACACAACAAUAAAUAUAUUAUAUUUCUGGUGUUAUCUUCA